UUUUCUCAUCACGAAUUUUUUCGGAGGGGUCUACUAACACCGGGCCAUUAGUACUCGUUUUUUUUUUAUCGCAUCGUGAGUUAAGAAAACAUGAGUUAGAGAAUCGAGUCGUGAGUAAAACCAUUGGAAUUUUUUUUGUCCAAUCGAGGACGAUUCCUAGCGUGACAAGGGAGUUACGUGUUUCAGGAUGUGAUAUAAAUUACGGGACAUAAUUGUUUUGAUAUUGAGUCGUGCUCUACCAUCAUUUUUUAUAUCAAUUUCUCAAGGGUUUAUUUAAAGAACAUGGAGGGAGGUGGUGUAUUAACGGCUGAACGGAGUCCUGCUCGGGCUAAUUUACACGUUGCCUUCACGGAAAAAGGCGAAGUUAAAGAACGACGUGAGAAAUUUCUCACGGCCAAGUAUGGCUCACAUCAAAUGUCGUUAAUUAGGAAGAGAUUGGCAGUGGAAAUGUGGCUUUUUGAUGAACUCCAGAAGCUGUAUGAAUCCGUUACUGCCGACAAUGGAAAGAAUCGAGAGGUGGAGGUGGAUAUUGAUGAACUCCUGGAUAUGGACAGCGAUGAUCACAGACGAGCCCACCUACAAGAAUUAUUGGUGGAUGCGAAAAAACCGCACGAUGUCAAGAAAUUCAUCAACGAUUUGUUAGAAAAAGCAAAAACUCUCUGAAGAGCAAGUACCUGCCAUUGGCUCCGAGUACCGAUACUACCAGCGUUUUGUUACUUGCUCACUCCUCCGAGUGGAACAAUGGGCUAAUGAAACAGAUUCAAUCGAACGAAAAAGUAAGCACUAAAAACUAAAAGUAAUAAGUAAAAAGUAGCAAUGAACCAAAAAAGUCACAGUUUGUUGUCAGCAACGAAUCAACAGCUGGACUCCAGGCAUUGUGACUUUUUUUUAUAAUAAUUAUUUCAGCAGUUCUCCCAGUGAGAAAACGAGCGACUGACAUACGACGCGAUUUGAGAUAAGUUUUAAUGGAAUUGUAAAAUGUGACGAAUCAAUUAAAACAUGUUUAUUCAUUUUACAUUCUACUCAAUGAUGUGAGACUCCUGCUAUUGACUUCUAGCAUCACUCACUACCAAAAUGAUUCCAUAAUCAACAAGAAGAGGGAAAUUGAUUUGUCAUAUUUUUCAAUUGCACAGUUCUCUCGGGAUUGAAAAUUUUUAUCAAUAAAAUUAUCAAUUCCACGAUUAUCAUUUACUUCAAGUGAAAAAGUGCAACAAUGUAAUCAUUAAUUUACGAUUGAUUGAGUUCCUAAUUACGUUUAAUUUUAUGUUAAUUUUCAUUUAAGAAUGAGGAUUUAGAUGGAAUUUUGGAAAGUAACACGAUAAAUAGAUUCCCUCCAUUCGUUGAAUUCGAUGAAGGUACAAAAAGGGUCUGGUCAGAAGAAUUUUACAACAAUUAAAAGUAAUAGAGGACACAAAAGACUAACUUGUCAAGCAAAUAAAUUUCUAAAUAAAAAAAUGUGUGCUGGAGUCAUUAGUCGAGAUGAGUCAAUAUUUUUAGGACCGUUUUUUUUGGAAUCAUCUCGGAACCGAAGGGGAGAUAGGUAAAUUUGUAUAGAGACUCUUUCGCAGAAAACCUUUAUACCAAAAAACGAUUCUUACUAGAAAUUUUCCAUCUGUUUUGGAUCCAAAGAUACAGGUGAAGUUGAGUUGACUCAUCUCGUAUCUUUAUGUUACAACCGAAUUGUUUCGGCAUUGAAACAACAGAUAGAACGUUCCAGCUUAAUUUGUUGUGUACGGGAAUCUGUGAAUAAUUAGCUUAAUGGAUUAACUAACAACACGGCACAUUAAUUUAGAAAAAAACCACUCAGGCAAUAAAGUAAAUUGUCAAGUGCCAAAUAGGUGUUUACACGGAAAAUGAAAUAGUAGUUCCGUCUAGAAGUGUUUUGCAGUUGGAAGAAAAUUAGUUUUCGUGUGUUUUUAAUCACGAAAUUAAUGUGAUUACCGAAGCAGUCGCCUUUAACAGAUCAAAAAUUUUUUCUGUAUGGAAUUGAAAACGUGAUGAAGCGACCUCCAUAAUUUGCUCGUAUUAAUUAAAAGAUUGCCACGGAUAUACUAAUUGAGUCUUUGGACUCUUUAAACAGAUCUCAAGUUAUUUCACUCUAAAAAAUUAUUUGAAAUAUUUCUCAACCGUUUUCAACUUCGAAAUAUUCUUGGCAAAAGACAAUUCCGAGCAAUUUAUGUAAAAAUCCUGUUGUAUGAUUUUUUUAUUCUGUUACAAACCGCCGGAAAGACUUAUCUAAACGUAUCGAUUGCUGAAUAAUUUUCUGGAAUGCGCAAUAAAAUUGCGAUCGCUUCAUUACUUUUUGCCAUUUUAAUACAGAACAUCAUCGAUGGAUCUCUGCAUUACUUUUAUUUAAUCAAAGUAAAAAAAUUUUAAUCUGCUGUGAACGUUUUGAUACGAACAUACUGCCUGCUCAAGCAAAUGUAAGAAAACCUAAAUGUCCCAUUACCAAAACGACGAUUCAAUUUGUGGAAGUAAAUUAGAGUUAACCAUCGACGUCUGUAAGUAGUUUUAACCGCUUUGUAGAUACAUAUCUCAAUUCAAUUAUCUCACCCGCAUAUCCUCAUUUAGAUUGAUUUAAGGAAUCGUUGAUGUGAUAAAAUUGUUUGGGGAAUGACGAAGAGUCAUGAAUUGAACGAACAAGAAAUUUUUUAUUGAAGUAGUAAAACCUUUGCUACGAAUUGUCCGGAAGGUGAGGUAUUUUCUUGGAAAAGUUGAAGCGUCUUCCUUUAGUAGAGAAAAUUCUCUACGAAAAUGGCUUUUAUCAUUUUUCCGUGAAAGUACUUGUUUCCGAGAUAAUUCACUUUCUGUUCUAUCACUUUAGAGGAAACUUGAAAUCAACGUUUAAAUCAGGUGAAUAUGGAAGAACCACAAAUUAGGCAAAAAUUAAUCAACUGAAUGAUAAAAUUGUGCUCGAUUUUUGAUGAUAUUGAAACAAAAAAUGCAGAUUUUCACGAACAAAGAAGAAAAUAAACUGCCAAAGAUUUAUUUCAUUACGUGCAUACGAGGGAAGAAAAUUCGAGAUCGAACUUUGAUCGUGGUAAUCACUCAGGGGUUCUGUAGUCACAGCUCGAACAGCAAAUAGAAAAAAUACUAAAUACAAUUAGCAGUAAUGAGCUGUGAUAAUCAAUACGAAAAUACCUAACGACGAAUUGAGUGAUGAGGGAAACGAAAAAUUAACGUUUGCUACGAUAUGAAAAUACAAUUAAGCAAACAAUGGUCUCGAUUGUAGUUUUAAUGUUAUUUCAAAGUUAAUGAAAACAUGCUCGGUCAGUUUGAAUCACCGAUACCAUCCGUAAUGAAUUUCAUUCAAUUCUUAGUCUUGACAUUCUCGAAAUGCUGAAAUAACUUAAUACUCGAAUUGAUUCAUAUCAUUGGUUUUAAAAAACUACGAUUUUUUUAAUAUCAUUAACAUUAAUGAAAAUGGAAUAAUGAAUUGUAUGGGUCACGAGGAGACGAAAGAGGCAUUAUCAGUGUAAGCUAUCAGUAAUUUUUCAUGAUAAUUUUUUUACCUUAUUUGUUCUCUGUAAUUUUAAUAACUUAUUCUUAAUUACUUUUAAUGUGUUUUUUAAUCACAUAACGAUGUUUUCGUACUUCCAAGGAAAAAAUUGUGGAGUGGUAAAGAACGCAAUAUUCGGAAUACAUAAAAUUUUCAUCUUAUUUUACAAAUUUUUCUCUGCACAAUCUCACGAUACUCCGUUUGAAUCGUUUCAAAAUUAUUUAAUGGUGAUAAAUAUUAUUAACUUAUUUGAUGAACAUGAGAUAGACGCUAAAUCGAUUUUGUUCAUUUUCAAAUAAUGAAAAAGAAUUCUUCUAAAAUUUUUUAAUAGAAAAUGUCACCUUUGUUUAAAUGUCGUGUAGAAAAAAAAAAUAUGUAAUGAUGUACGAGAACUUAUGAUAUUUUUCACUCAGUUACUGUUCCUUACCGCUUUAUAUUCCGACUGUAAACAACGCAUUUUUUUUAAGUUAGAAGAUGUUCAGAAAUAUUGUGAUGCUUGAAAUGAAUUCUCGCUGAUUAGGACUAUAAAUGUAGUCGCUUCCAAGUAAAAACGAACAAAAAAGGAUUGAUGUAGGUAAGAAAAGAAUGAAGAUUUUUGAGUGUUGACGAGCUUAAUUGAGAUGCAUUUUGAGUAAAAAUGGAUAAACAUUUUGUUAUACAAACGGAAACUGAGGGAAACAGAUUUUUGUCACAACUUAUGAACAAUGAAGAAUCCAUUUUUUCAUAAACAGAUGAAUAAGUGAAUGAGGAUAUUUGAUAGUACUCAGGAGUGUUUCUGAAUGAGGAUAAAUAUCUGAGGUUUAAGAUUUUCGGGCAAUUUUUGUAGACUGUAGGGUUUUAUAAACAAUCAUCCCCCUUUUUCAAUGUCAUACCCACCAUGGAAACAUUUUCAUAUGAAGAAAAAAAAACAAAAACAAAAAAAAAUGGAUUGGAUAUUUUCGUCAUAGGAAUAUCGUCGUCCAAGCGCACCAUAUUAACGCAUUGUAAUAGUGAUUAGACACGUAAUUGAAUAAAAAAAAAUCUUGCGAUUGUUGUAUCUUCGCAGUCUUUUGAUGAAUGGAAAAGCAAUAGAAUUAUGAACGUGCAUGGAUUUAUUCGAAGUAAAUUCAAUUUUUUGCGA